AUGCGCCAACUUUCUGAUCCCCAUAAGACACUUGUCCCAUUGGCGGAUACCAAGGGCCCUUCCGCUCGCAUCCUCGAGCUACUCCCUACAGACACAGGCUGGUUCCAUCGCACAUUGAGCUUGUGCUAUGCUGUAAUCUUGUCCGGUACUGUCGGAUUCAUCGCAGAUGGAGACAAGGAGAAGAUCUCGAAUCAGCACGAUGUCAUUAUCUGCCGCGGAGCCAACCACGAAUGGGUAAAACGAGGCAAAGAUGUCGCUAUGGUAUUUGUCAUGACUGUUCCCACUCAGGAGAUAGUGACUGAAGGUGGCAAAAAAGACUGGGGAAGCCACCUGCGGGAGCCAUCUAUGACCCCAAGGAAGAGGAACACUCCGUACCGACGCAAGCUCGGAACAAAGACGCCACCUAACCUAGUAUGGAAUUCAUGCUUUUGUGGUAUAUGA